CUGCGAGAGAGGAGUCAGUGAAAUGUGAUCGAACAAUGACAGCAGAGAGUUAAAGGGAAAGCGAGUGUCAUCAUCGUCAUAAUAAUAAUAAUAAUAAUAAUAAUAAUAAUAAUAAUAAUAAUAAUAAUAAUAACACAAAAACACUGCACCUCGCGGCAUCAUCGCAGCGAAACAAGAUUCGCGUUAUCGAGACUAUCUCACAACAGGGGAUAGAGUUGAAAACAAGCUAAGGUCGGAAGCCAAAUGCGAAAAAUUGUUGAUAUUUUACCUGAGCCAGUCAGACCUUUUUGUUUUGGGAUCGUCUGCAAAUAACGACGUCAGAAAUACAAUGAAUCGUAGCUCUUUUUGAAAUAUUUCGUAUUUAUUAUUAUUAUUAUUUUCUGGUAAAGGUUGCGAUAUUAUUACAUGUUUACGAACUGUACAAUUGCUAGGUCGUCAUAACCACGGACAUACGCAGCAAGGUACGGGAGAAAAAAAGAAAAAGAAAAACACCACAAAGGAUUUUAAAGAAGACAUCGAUGGGAGGUUGUUUCUAAUUUUCCAGCAUUUUCUUUUUAAAAAAGCUUAAGUAAAGAGGCAAGGCCAUGCGUGCUGGACUGUCUUGUUUGUUUGCUCCAAUUUGCCCCUCUGUGAGGACAUCAGCAACAGCAUCAUCUUUUCGGUCAUGGCCGCACUGGAGGAAUUGUGUCACUUUUCUAUAUCUUUUGCAGUUUCAGUUCCAACAGUUGCCCUGCCGGUCCAUGGAAUGGCACACAGCGUUCGUCACUACGACAUACAUGGAUCCAGCCACCAACCUGACAGUCACAGAAAACACGGAGAGUGGCAGGUAUGGGGACAGUUCCCCCAAGGAUAGCGUCGAUGGUCAUGUGGGGAUCCCCAGAACUGUAAAGGACACAGAGGGCUGUGACCCUAACGCCGAAUACUAUUUACCAACCCGAGCUGGCUCACUCUCUACAGAACCGUGGAUUGCACUAGUCGCCAGAGGCAAUUGUACGUUCAAGGACAAAGUGUUGAAUGCAGCUAGAAAAAAUGCAGCCGCAGUGGUCAUCUACAAUGAAGCUAAGUACGGCAACACCACCAUCCCUAUGUCCCAUAUUGGGACUGGAAACACAGUAGUCGUUAUGGUUGGCUACCCGAAGGGGAUCGAGAUUUUAGAGCUGAUCCGCAGAGGAAUCCCAGUCAAAAUGUCCAUAGCUGUGGGCACCCGCCACGUGCAGGAGUUUUUGAGUGGUCAGUCUGUUGUGUUCGUGACCAUCGCCUUCAUUGCAAUGAUGAUCAUCUCCUUGGCUUGGCUUAUCUUCUACUACAUACAGAGAUAUCUGUAUGCUGGAACACAGUUUGGAAACCAGAACAAUAGAAAGGAGACCAAAAAAGCCAUAAGUCAGCUGCAGCUGCACACUGUGAAACGAGGAGACAAGGAAAUAAACCUGGAUGCAGAGAAUUGUGCAGUCUGCAUUGAAAACUACAAACCCAAAGAUGUUGUCAGAAUUCUUCCUUGCAAACAUGUUUUCCACAGGACUUGCAUUGACCCCUGGCUACUAGAUCACAGAACAUGCCCGAUGUGUAAACUUGAUGUUAUAAAAGCCCUUGGAUAUCUGGUGGACCCUGAAGAGGCCAUUGAAGUGACAGCCCCAGAGUCUCUGCCAGAUAGUGUGACUAUCAGGAGCCUGAGUGUUUCUCUACAGGAUGAUGUGGACAAUGAAGUCAGCAGCAGCAGCAGUGCCCCUUCUCGCCAGGCCCCGCAGGAUGACAGCGGGCCUGUGGAAGAAGCUGGAGAAUCAGUAGCUCUACUUGUCAGUGAUGAACGGACCAUCGGGCAACAUGCUGACAGUUGUUGAGCAUCUUCCUGGGCAACAGCUAGUUUGUACCAAAUUAUGUGGAGGUUUUGUGAUGUGGACUUGUCUUUACACAAAGAACAGAUGUUGGUAAGCAGUGUCGCCAGAGUUAAUGUGCAGCAAAGCCAGAUGCCUGGCUAGAGCCUUUACUUGGCAGCCCUGUGCAGGGUAUAAUUAUUACUUUUUUAUUAAAUAUAAAACAUGAGGGUGCAAACAAUAGAUCAUAAAUUACUAGAUGUCUUCUCUGACCUAGAGGUAUAUGCCCCAAUAUAAAAGAUGGUGUGAAUGCCAGAAAAAAAAAAAUCGUGAUCCAACAGUACAGUACUUUGGGAGAGAACGGUAUGAACUAUUUGUAUUGGCGUCCUUAUCCAGCAAAUAUUGUACAUGUUGUAUGUGAACAAGUAAAAACACCACAAAAAAACAGUGAAUUGAUAAUGUGGGUCAAUAUACUAGCAAACUAAUGUGUCACCCUGCCGUGCCAGAUUUUGUUAAUAAUUGAAGAGGCUGAUGGAACAAAGUACUAUACUACCCCUCAAGUUUGUGAUUUCAAGAUAUGGGCAGAGUUCACGUCUGACAGUUGUCAAUCUGUUUUAACAGAGUGGGUUGUAAAUAGGGUCCAGCAUGCAACCUUUUGUUUGGUCCAGGUUAGGGUUAAUGCUGUUCUUUCAUUUUAUACAGUAUUAAGUCAUUAGAAUUACUAUGUCAACAAUAUAUGAUCAGAUGUACUCUUAGCUUGGGACGUUUUUAAUAGGUUGUUCUUCCUUUUAACAUAUAUUUUUUUACAGAUUUGAGUUUUUCUAAAGUUCCUCCACAGAGCAAUGAAAGUAACAAACAAUGGGUAACAAAAUUUGAGGACCACCACAGUGUAUAAAUUGUCAGCUAAAGCACACAUUACUGUAAUAUGGCUAACAUUUGUUUUUAAAGGUAACAGUGAUAUCCUUCAUUUUGCUUCAUAGACUUUGAUUACCCUAUAUUUAAGCCCAAUUCAAACCUGCUUGUGUCUGUAACAAUGAUCUGUGCCUUGCGCACAUAGCAUUCCAGCUGUUUUAAUUUAGUACUGCUCUUCAAUCUUUAACCUUUUAUAUAUGGCUGUCAGUUUGAACUGAACACUCAAUACAUUUAGUAUGGGCUGGCAUAUCAGGCAAUGCAUUUUGCAUACUGCUUUCUUGCAAGAAUUUGUUUCUAUGGUUUAGAUUCUAGAGAUGAUAAACAUCCAACCUACAGAUCAUCCAUAAAUGAUAACCCAAUACACCAACUUUUACUCAGAUGAACAAAACAAUGAGGACUCAGUUACUCCAGUACAGAUUAAACGAAUACAAGGUUUGCGUGGUCAUUGAGUUCCAUAUUUGUGCAUAUUUUAUACUGUACCUAAGAGAAUAAUAAAAAUGCAUAGAACCUUUUUUUUUAAUGAAGGCGCCGCAGAAUUGUGAAAAGGUGCAAUAUUUUAGUGAAGAUACACUUUGAAUCUGUAUUAAACAAAUUCCAUGUUUUACCUAUGGUAUUGGAGCCUGUUGACCCUACUUGUAACAAGCUGGUGUUCCUCGUACCUAAACCCUAAUUGAAGACUGCUUUCUAGCAGAUCCCAGUAACUAUUUGUCCCAUGCAGGUUUGCUUUGUGUUUGUUGUCUCUGAGGGUAGUGGGUAUAAUCUACAGUUACAGUACUCAAUAGUUGGUGGACUUCCAUUUAAAACAAAUCUGGAUAUCAGGUGGUGCUGUGGCACAAAGGUGGGAACUGACAGUGUUACCUGGAAGAUGUCUCAAACUUUAGAAAAGCUGUACUUUUAUAUAUAGAAACAUAAAGGUCUUACGACAUUGACCCGACUGUAAAUUGUGUACGAGCGCCACUACUCAGACCCAUAGAAAAAGAAUUUUGUACAAUGUGAAAUGUUUGGUUAAACUGUUCUUAAUCUGUUUACAUUUUAAUGAUGAAAUGAAAUUUUGGUUUUGAUAAAAUGUAUUGUUGGAUUUCUUUUUUUUUUGUACUGAAGUGCUAAAAAUAAUAACUGCAAAUUAACUGAAAGGGGUCAUUAAAGAUCUGGCAAAUUAAAAUGACUUGUGUUUUUUGAUAGAAGUAUAUUACCUAUGUAUCUUGUACUAUACUGCACAGAGGAUAUAGUGGCACUGUGUAGACGAUUUCAAGCCAGAGAAUAAAAUCUAUGCAACAUGUCUUCCUGUCUUGCCAACCCUAGCACGUCUUUAAAAAAGCAAACCUAAUAUUUUCUAUAAUUGAUCAUUUUGUCUUAACAGUAGACCAAUCUUGUGGACUAUGUAUUGUUCUGUAUAGAGGGAACGAAGGGAGUCAUGAAACACAACCCUGCAGGGACUUACGAAGCUAGUAGCACUGAAGUUUAGUGGUGAACCAUUACAUUUAAAAAUCAUUUCAAGUCGCCAUUUUAAAAAAUACAUUGCCUUAAACUUGCUGUCAGCUGUCUUCUACACACAGUCAUCCUAUUCUUUUCAACAAGACAAUUUAAGCUAUUAAAAUGCCUCUGCUGGUCUGCCAUGGGCCAGUUUGCCAUACAAAGUUUACUAACAGAAGAGUGUCAGCUGCAGUAAAGCCUGGUGGAACCCUAAGCCUUGAAGUCAAAUGAGAACUGAGGCGUGUCGCUGGACUGAAGCAGCUACUGUUCAUGCAUUUUGCUUCUUGAUUGGAUGCUACAAACCCUGACAGCUGUGUGCACUGCAACAGAAGGGGAAAAAGCAGUAACCAGCAACUGAAACCAGUCCAGCAUGCAGCCCAAGGAGCAAGCACAUCAGCAUAAAGUGUAACAUCAGCCAAAAUUCCUGACUCACGCAAGCUA